CCAUGACUACAUAAGGCAAAGAACAGACAAGCAAUCACGGAAUUCCAGGCCAAUUCUUCCUCCUCAGAUUAGACUUUCGUCUCGCGCGGUAGAAAAGCUCACUGCCGCCGUUUCAAGAAGGCUGUUUGGGAUCGCCUCAACGUCGUACCAAGAACCAUCCCGCCCACACCGCCGUCAACCGCGGCAAAAGCAGAUGGCGGUGAAGUGCUUCAACGAUUCAUGUUGUCGCAUCUAAGGGUCCAUCUAGUUCGUGAUGGUAUCCCUGAUCACCUGCAUUCCGGGUCAUGUUUCCACUAUAUGUCGAUCAAGAGUGGCAAUCAAUACCGAGGGGGACAUCAGAGGGGUCCAGAUUCACGGUGUCCCCGCUUCGGAAGACUUCCUAAAGGGGACGACGUUUUCCGCAGUGUAAAGACACAAAUUGACAAGACUCUGAAAGCUGCUGUUGGAUCAAGUAUUGCGAGAUUGAAAUUGUAUUCCGCGCUUCGCAAAGGAACUCACAGAGCGAGGAUGACGGCUUCGUGUUUUCGGUCGACCAUUGGCCGCCUAGUUGCUUUGGGCACGAUUUCUACGUUUGUGACUUUUCAGUAUAUUGUAGUCAAGUCGAAGCCCCAACUAAGCCCCUACGAAAUUAUCCUUCAACUCUUUUCUUGCAUCCUCCUGUGUAACUUCUUAGUCGUCGUUGCGCGGUGGGCUGACUAUGAACCCAUCCAGGGGCUCAAGAACAAUGGCCGAUUGCCAUCUAUCAACGUCAUUAUUCCGGCGUACAACGAGUCUGGGUUCGUGAGGAACUCAAUAAACUCCGUGUUGUCUUCAGAUUAUCCCAGAGACAAAGUCCACAUCAUCGUUGUGGAUGACGGCUCGACGGAUGAUACCUGGUCUCACAUACAACACGCACUUCCACCAAAGUCUUCGACUCUUUAUACAACAAUCCGGCAUGAGGUCAACCGUGGAAAACGCCAGGCUAUGGUCACGGCAUUCGAAGUGGCCAGCAACGAGAUACUCGUGACUCUGGAUUCCGACACUAUCCUCGACAAGCAUACUCUCCGGAACUUGGUCAGUCCCUUCGUCCUAGACAGCGACGUCGGAGGCGUCGCCGGCCACCUCUCCGUCUUCAACAUCCAAUCUCAAGGAUGGGACGGCUUCAUCCCUCGGAUCCUUGACUGCCUCUUUGAACAAAACGGCAACAUCCCGCGAGCGGCGCAGUCAAAACACGGGUUCGUCACCAUUCUCCCAGGCGCCAUCUCCGCAUUCCGCAGAGACGCCAUCCUGCCGCACACCAAGGCCCUCGUGGACACGAGAUUCCUCGGGCGUCCGAUGAGGCACGGCGAGGACGUCCAGCUCACGAUGGGACUCCUACGUGAUGGCUGGCGUCUCAAGUAUCAGAGCAAUGCUGUUGGCUACACAGUCGCGCCAGAGACCUUUUUGAAGGCUUUCCUCAUGUACGUUCGCUGGGAGAGGAGCAACCACACCUAUUGGGUGCUCGGGCUUGUUCGUCUAGCCUUUCGCGAUGCGGCGAGGUUCUUCACUCGAUGCUUUGCUCGCCGGUGUUCGAGCGAGCCCGAGCUACUGCUGCCUGAAGACCUGGAGAAACAUGGCGGCAGGAGAGAGGUGAAUGCCCGAACGCCGGACUAUCAUCCCAUGCUGAUGAUCUUCUGCGCGGGGUUUGCCAACUUUUCAUACCUGAGUAUUGUGAUCUCGUGGCUACGGGGCUUUUACUUCUCUCCGUGGGUUACAUUUAUGAAUCUGGGUUGUCUCGUCGUGUUUGCCACUUGGUUCAGUACUCUGUUGUUGGCGGAUGCUCUUCAUGAGAGCGAAGGUGAUAUGGCUGUCGAAGGAGACGUCAAAGAGUCGGACGAGACUCGCGUCCUAAGGACCGAGGGUUCGUACUCGAGAUUGAGGAAGAAACUGCAGUAUUCUUGUUUCUCUACAGUCGCCAACUUCACGUUUGUCUGUUGGGCUUCUGUAAUUGGAUUGCUCACACUGCGGAGUCAGAGUUGGUUGACAAGGUGAUGGCCGCUGUGGUAGUGGAUGCGACUUCUUAGACAGUUAAUCAAACAAUCUGCGCUCAUGCUAUACUUUCCGGGAAAAUGUUUACGAAAGCGUAUAGAGAUUUCUCUUGAAUCCAAAAGAGGAAAGAAGCCGAUCAAGCAGAUAACACUCUACCCGCCACUCAGUCUGAGAAAAGCAGCGGAGUCAGAAGACAGAACCAGAAUGUUUUGGCGCCCAUCCCCCUGCGAUUUCUCCAUCGACCAACGGCUUCGCCGUGUACGAGAACAUCGCAGUCUUCUGGUCUCAUGCAGUCCAAGCUGAAAAAUGCAAGUGACGGUUUCGGGUUCUCUCUCUUUACGGCAGGUAUUAGCAAGCAAGUCGGAGCGCCCAGCCACCGGCGUGGCAACGGACGUUACAUUGAACCCCUACACAGUAUGCCG